AUGAAGGCACACUUGGAAAAGUUGGCUAAAGCCGACCUUAAAAUGAAGCAGCGGCUCGAGGAGCUCAAAUACGAAGAGGAGCUUGGAAAAGCUAAGGCGAAGAAGGAGGCGGAUGAGCUUGGAAAAGCUAAUCCGCCAUCGAGCUCCAGCAGCUCCGAGACCCCGCAAGGCAAGCCGCCAAAGCUGCCCAAAGUGGAGGAGACGAAGGAGGAGGAGGUCGAAGAGGAGGUGGACUGGGAUGCCGACGAGGAGGACAAAGAGAAGCUUGGAAAAGCAUCUCCUGCUCCGCAGCAGGGCAGGCAGGGCAAAAAAGGCUUUCGAUCCACCGGUGAGGUCAAGCUGACACCAGGGAGAAAGCUGGUGCAGCUGGACUUUCACAACUGCUUGGAAAAGCAGGGGUCGAUUCCCGCCGAAAACGUGGAGGCCCUGCACCGUCUGUGCGAUCACACGGAUGUGUACGUGUGUACGUACGUGACGACCUAUAAAAGGGAGAAGGAAGUGACCCGCCAGCUCAAAGACUUGGAAAAGUCGAUGCAGAAACGAAGCCCAGAGCUUCGCCUGAAGCUGGCGGUCACUUACGACAAGGUCGGCGAGCUUGGAAAAGCCGCCAUUGCCGACUACAACUCGGCAUCGUAUUGCAUAGACGAUGCCUGGCGGGUGAUUUCUGAAUGCCUUGAGUACAAGGUCUGCGAGAUGUGCUAUGCAGUGCAGACUCCGGAGCAGAAUCACUCCAAAUUCCUGAAAAGGAAGGGGGUCAAGGUUGUCAAGGACUUCCCCGAGGCAGUCAAUGACAUCCUCGACCUCCUGCC